CAGGGGUGAACGGCAGCUCAUAUGGUGCCGACAUCAUUAUCACUCAUGUUGCUCUUUUCCCUGGAGUACUACAUUGUGGCGGACCAAUGUUAUGUGGGAGACGAUACUUUUGAAGCGCUUAACGUCACAAUACCGAUAUGCUCAUUCAAAAUAGCGUACAACAAUGAUUGCUCUGCGCAGCCGAAGGUUGUGCUUGCAGAAGGACCCGCAACACAAAUCGUCAAUUUCAACAAUGGAAGAAAUAGUAUUUGCUACUUUGAAGAAAUGCAUCUUCUCUGCUACUGUCGUGGUCAUCUCUGCAACGAUGACAACAGUAUCAAGGAAAUAUUAGCUCGGGAACUUGCUAAUGGAGCGUCAGGGAACUUGAAAAAACUAGUCGCAUGCUUUCUUUUGCACGCAGAUGAUGGCGAAGGCUACAUACGGCAAAGAUUACGCGGGGAGGAGGAACCGGAACGUCAGCUUCGUCCUUUGCCGAUGUCAAUCAAGAAAAGUCCUCCUGAGGGAAAAAACGGGAAGAAUAAGCCCAGGAACGACUGGUUCCUCUUCAUUGCUGGAGCUGCAGUUGUGAUCAUUUUCGCUGAUCUUAUACUGCUAUUCCUAAUCUUCUUUCUCGUCCUAAAGAAAAGGAGAUUGAAGAAUGCUGGUGAAAAAUCGAACUCGAACACUUUGUCGAAGAAGUCACUGGAUACACAUACACCACAAUACCCCUUCCCUGAGUUCAGCGGAAGAGAAGGCUCAAAUAUCUUGAAUGUCAGUGAUGCAGAAGGUGUUAAGAGAAUAGAAGAAGUCAUAAAAAGGGAAGAAGAAGAGGAACAAAGCUGAGAGAAAAGGAAAAAUACUUUCGUAUAUGUUUGGUUUAGUCAUUUGAUAAGAAGAUGAAAUUCACUUCAAAUAAUAUUUAUUCGUCUAGAC